AUGGAAGCCGAAAAUGAAGAUCAAACAAACUGUGAAAUUGUUUUGGAAUCUUUUGAAUGAGUGUCUACGUAAGGUUUCCUGUGAUGGUAACUAUACAUUCAAUCCAGUUGGAUGGUGUGCAGACAUGGCUGGGGCAAACUUGGCAGGAUUUACCGAGGUUUUUGGUGAAACUGUCAACGUUCGAAUUAAGGCAUGCGAGUUUCCUUUCAAGGACCACCGAAAUAAAAACGCCAGAAAGUUAGACGCCGAUAUUGCAGCCGAGUUUAUGACCCUUUGUGACAACCUCUUACUCAGUGCAACAGAAGCUGCAUACUACGAGUCGUCUAAAGCCGAGAUUGAGGAGUUUUAUUGCAACAAGGGAAGAGCAGUCGAUUUUGUCAUCUUGGGUCUCAUGGUGGCACGCAAGACGGGGUUUCAUUUUUUGCGCAUUUGCACCUCGAGACGCGCUGAGAAUGAAUCAAGCAGAGGUCAUUCACACUAUGUGGGUGUACAGGGACCGCCCUAAUUUAUCGAUGCUCGAAGUUUGCCUUGCGGACACUCGAGACUCUUUGUUUCCAGACGUUGAGCUCAAAGAUUGUCAAUCGGUUGUUGCAACAGGUGGCCCUUCUUAUGCCGAUCGGAAAAAAAAAGAAACAUGCUCGUGAGGUCAAUAAA